AUGACUGUUGGUGAGGUGUACGAACAACAUCCUAGUACACCCCCAACACCCAGCACCAACAUGGCGGUUCAACAUCCUCAUCCUUGCGAUGAGACCCCUGUUGCUGCCAAAAAACACCCAAAGAGCAGCUCAGGUCAGGGAGAGGUGGAGCAGCAGCAGCAGGAUGAUGAUGGAGAGAAGAGGAAGGUGGCAUGGGCUGGAAGAAGUAGUGAUGACUACAUCUUCAGCCGCUACUCUGUGGGCGAUCAGCUGGGGAAAGGUGGAUUUGGUGUGGUGUAUGAAGGGAGACGCCUGGAGGAUGAUCUUAAAGUGGCUUUGAAAUAUGUCACGAAGACUGACGACAUGGAAUGUAUAGACAUUCCCGAUCAUCCAGUCCCCCUUCCUAAAGAGAUCGCCCUCACCUUCCUGGCGAAUAAAGGUCACAGAGUGCCAGAAAUCAUCCGGCUGCUGGACUGGACGGACCACCCUGACCACUUCGUCACGGUCCUCGAAUGUCCCUCUCCCUGUGAAAAUCUAGUAGAGUUCAUGAGGCGUCACGGUGGAAGCCUCGACGAACACACAGUGCGGCAGAUCAUGUGGCAGGCGACUAACGCGGCUCACAUGUGCUGCCUCCGCAGAGUGCUCCACCGUGACGUCAAACUGGAGAACCUACUGAUAAACAGGGAGACAUCAGAAGUCAAGCUGAUCGACUUCGGAUGUGGGGACAUUCUGAGGAUGUCACCGUACAGGUCCUACCAUGGCACAGCAGCGUACUCGCCUCCAGAGUACUACAGCAGGGGGGAGUACUGCGGCUGGCCAGCGACGGUCUGGUCACUAGGGAUUUUGAUGUUUGCCAUGUUGUGCGGACAUUUCCCUAGUGACUUUGACCUGCACCUGCUGCAGUACAAGCGCUGGUCCAAACCUGGCCUGUCAAAAGAAUGCUGUGACCUCCUCAGUGCUCUCCUGAACGUGAAGCCAAUCCGGCGAAUUGGCUUGGGGCAAAUCAGGUCGUCUCAUAUGACCACUCCAGUUGGCGUCUCUCAUGCAGCUUUGCGUCUUGCGGGCUGCAGCGGGAGACGCUUCCAUCCCUCCUCUCGCCUUUGCGUCUUGCGGGGCGAGCAAGCCUUGUGUAGCGUCUUGCGCCUUGGCUUGAGGAAGCAGUAUUUGCGUCUGGCGGUACUGCUUCCGGGAGGGAUCAUGCCAGAGCUCUCAGUCUUCACCACCACAAUGACAGAGCUCCCAUUCUCUGCCACCAUGCAGGCCAACUGCUAUGGCUCCUCCACACCUGUCAUAGGCAUCACAACAGUGUCAUUGCCUCCUCAGUCCACAGUCACCCUGGGCUCCAAUUUAUCAGUCAUCCCAAUUUGA